AUGUGUUCAAUUAGUAUAACUUAUUGCGUUUAUUUGGCCCUAAUAGCGAGCUGUCUUGCAAGCGAGUGCGGACCGAGACUCAAAUAUGCAUGGGGCGAUGCUUUGCAGGGAUCAGAUUGUCCUGGUCCAGACGGUUCGCCGUACCCACGACACUUGGUGAAUAGAGCAUUAAAGUCAGGUCCUUGGAGUCAGUCAGCGCGGCAAGGCCGUGGAGUAAGGACUUUAGACCCUGCCAUAAUGAGAAGGGCUUUGUUAGAGGCUCAUGAUGGCUACGCUGAAGGAACAAUAAAAUUUCAAAGUGGGAAUCGAACCGCACGGGCGAGCAACCUACCAGGGCUGUCACCUGGUAACCCUAACGCAUGUGGAGGCGCCCGUCUUUGCCGGACGCGGUACAACACUACAGCACCGAUGUACGGUGUCUCGCUGACGUCUGGGCAGCCCGUCACCAUCGUGCAAAAAUUCCCUGACCUGUUGCAGCAGGUCGUAUUCGAAGUGUGCGAGUAA